GGAGGAGGCACCGAGGGGGUCAUGGCAGCUUUCCUCCUCUUGGCACCUCUCCUCCUGCUGGGGACAGCGGCCGGCCAGGCAGACACGGAGAUGGAAGGGUGCCUUUGGCUCUGGAACACCACCGAAGGGAAUUUCUCUGUGGAAACAACACCUGAGACUUACCAGGCCAACACAACCUACCUGGUGACGAUAAAGGACGACAGGAACCACAGCAACAGCUCGGGGCAGCUGCUGCUGCAGGCGCUGUCCCCCCAGAACGCCUCGGUGGGGCGGUGGGAGGAUGCAGCCACGGCGAGCUGCAGCUCUGUGCUCACAGCAGUGCUCAACAUCUCCGAGAGAGAGAGCACGGCCCGCUGGACAUCCCCCGGCAGCGACCUCUCCUCCGUGCACUUCAGGGUCUUCCUCAGCCUCCCUGACAACACCACCGAGCUCAGGAGCCGGGUGCUGACCAGAGGGGCAGAAACCACCACGGUGCCCCCCAACAGCACCAGCUCAGCCCCCAGCACCUCUCCCAGCUCGGGGAGCAGGGCUCAGGGCAGCUCCCGGCUCCUGGCUGCCCUGCUGCUGCUGCUCACAGGCAGCCUGCUCUGCUAGAGGGGGCCCAGCUGGGCUGGGCUGCCCUUCCCCGCUCGGGAGCCACGGGGCUGGGCUGAUUUACUCAGGAAAAUGUUCACGGCUGUGCCUCGGGGUGAGCCCUGCACGCCCAGGGGAAAUGGGAAAGGGUCGUGCGAGCGCCCAGCUGAGCCUCCCCUGCUGCCCUACCCACAACCCAGCACAAGGAAAACCCCAGCAGAGAUCCCUGUGCCCUGGCAUGUCAGGAAAGGGAAAAAUCCCCAGCAGAGAUCCCUGUGCCCUGGCCCUAAAGAAAAGGAAAUAUUCCCAGCAGAGAUCCCUCUGCCCUGGCCAUAAAGGAAAAGGAAAAUCCCCAGCAGAGAUCCCUGUGCCCCGGCCCUGCAGACACAAACCUGGGUGAGCAGAGCCCACGGGACACUCGUGAACCCACAAUUUCCUCAUCGCCUGGCAUUCUGUGAAGCACAAAACGCCUGAAGGGAGGAGAAUUCCUCUUCUUCUUCUUCUUCCUCUUCUUCCUCUUAUUCUUUUUUCUUCUCCUUCUCCUCCUCCUCCUCCUCUUUGCCUCUCCAUCCCCUCCUGGCACAGCCCCGAGCUCAGCAGAUCACAAAGUUUCUCUUUAUUUUCCCUCUAUUUUUUUCCCCUGGAAAGGUAAUGUGGGCAUUUUGUGUUCCUCUUUUUUUUUUUUCUUUUUUUUUUUUUUAAUUUUUUUUAAUCAACAGCUGAUUCUGUUGUAGGGCAAGAUUAUUAUGUGGGCCAAUGGACGUCUUGAUUUUAUUGUUGUUUGUAUUUUU